CAGCCUCGUAUCGUUAACCUGCCUAGUGACCGGCUAGCUUGCGAAGCGUCCACACUGUAUGUGCUGUUCUCCAUCACAUUGGGAAGAUACAUCAGCUUAUCCACGAUAAGAAGACGCCGGAUUGUUUAAACCACCAAUGGUGUUCGGUGACCUCGCGGAGGAAGGAUCCAGCUCGCGCUGUGUGACGAUGUGCAGCGUGCCGCAGUAAUUCUGUUUGUUCUGCGCAGUGCAUCGCCACCUUUAAGCACGACUAGUGCGAUGGAGACCGAAGCGGCGGUCAUACCUAUUUGGCAAAAUAAACCUCACGGUGCGACCCGCAGCGUGGUCAGACGGAUCGGCUCCACUCUGCCCCUAAGAGCCAGCCACAGGACAUGCUUCCAGGUCCUGCCAGGUCUUCCUUUGCUGCGACACAUGGACGGCCCCUUGGUUCCUACUCUGGCCGACAUCGGUUGGAUCGCAGCGGACGAGGAGGAGACGUACGCCAGAGUAAGGAGCGACACACGCCCCUUCAGGCACGAGUGGAGGCCGACGCCCCUGCUGGUACUCCACAGGAACUCGUCCGUGCCGAACUUCAGGCGCGAAGGCAAGCGGAUGGAGGGCCUGAGGAAGCCGGGUGUGACGGCGCUGAAUCAGGCUACCGCCCUGCAGGACCAGCUCAGCCGGCUGCGGGCCCAGAUCGCCAAGAUCGUGGCUGGCGAGUCCGACUCCAACCCCCUCACGCCCGAGCUGCUCUCUCCGGACGACACCACCAUGGGCUUCACCAUGGCCCCCUUUGAGACGUCCGCCUACCACCCCGCCCCGUCUGCCUCCUUCGUCAUCAGCGACGUCACCGAGGAGGAGGAGGAGGAUGUGGAGGAGGACGAGGACGGGGUGGAGGUGUCCGAGCUGGUGCCAGACCCCGUGCCGCCGGCCUCCAUGACAGCGUCGGCAACCUUCGACCUCGACCACCCAUCCGCGGGCUUCCGGGAGCCGGAGGAAGACACGGUGUCGCUGUCCAAGUCCACGAGCUUCGCCGACGUCAAGGACAUCUUGAGGGACAUGAACCGCAUAAAGAUCUGCAAGGACAGGUUCUCUCGUGGCUGCGUGUCUCUGCGCGAGGAAGACUCUGCGACCCUGAUAUCAGAAGCUCUGAGGAAGAAGUUCUCUCUGAGGGAAGAUGACAUCAUUCUGAAGAAGUAACCCGUCUCCCCCUCGCACGUCCUCGUCCCGCUCUCCAUACCAAGGUCUUGUUUGUCUCCCUUCCGUGCUAGGCCUGUGCCUGUGGACUGUUGCUAUGGAGACCCCAUAACACCCAGUCAGCAAUGAUGCAAACUCCAGGUUAUCUGCCCCGCCCACUUUUCAUGGAGGGGCCGGAUCACUUGUGCUCCCUGUAGGAAACGUGUGCACGUGUCCGGACACACUCACACGCUCCAAGGUGUGUGCGUGUGUGCGCGUGUGUGUGUGCGUGCGUGCGUGUGUGUGUGUGUGUGUGCGUGCGCACGCUUGUUCCUGGUAUGAAGGUCAGUUGCUGUUUUGCUCACCUCCGUGCGUGUGCUUAGUUUGACCAGGACUUUUACCGUCUGCUUUACAAAGACCACGCACGCUCCCGCACCCACGUGGGGCGCUCGCCACUUCCCAACCUUCAAACCCCACUGAGAUGGUUGUCAACGGAUUUGCUAGCAAUUAGUUUUGUUAUUUUUAACUUAAUUCUUUGCCUCCUCAUCCCUGUGAAAUUGCGCAAUAGUUACUUGAAAUAUUUGUUGACUGGUUUUGUCUGCAGUAGUACGUUGUGUUUUCCGUUUGAUUUAUAACACGGGGGGUCACGAGGGAGAGAGUGAUGUGCAGGUGCUGCAGUGGGUUUUGUGUGUGACGCGCCACUAACAGUGUUGCUCUCUGGGUGCCGAUGGACUGGUGCAAACUUAACUACGCGAGAAGCUCCGGCUUUUCAGAAUAAACAAACAAUAAGUAAAUAAACAAUAGUUGAGAAGACGCCAGUCAAAACGUUUCAGAAGGAUCAUUUGCUUUGGGUUUUUGUACAGAUGGAUUGGGGGGAGUAAAAACAAACCUUUUUUUAAGACGUGUGUGUGUGUGUGUGUGUGUGUGAUUCUCUAAGGAACGUUGUGUGGGUUCGCUGGUGAAGAUCUUGGCCUCGUCAUCACUUUGUGACUAGCACGUGUGUCUUCACUAACGUUUCAAGUUCACACUUUUCUUCUGUUACCGAUACGGGCUGCUUUCCUGGCCCUCGGGUCGGGUUUAUGUACUGGUGGAGCUGGGAGAGUACUCAAGAGUUUAAAAACAAAUAAACAACAACAAACCCA